AAUAAGAAUUUUAUUUCUAAAAGAAUUUGGUUGAUUUUGCUGUCAGAUUUCACUUUGUUUAUUCCUUUGGAACCAUUUUUGAUCAAAACAUUAGUAACUCCCCAAAGAAUUGCUGUGAUAAUAAGAGAAACAUAAUUUCCUAUCUCAAACAUAUUUGUUUACAUUUUUUAUAUUCCCGGUUUGUCUUGUGAAAAUUUCUUGUAACAUUAGCUUUUAUUUACGUCAGUGUACGUCAGUCACCGUGUAGUUUAGUACGCUUUUCUUGAAAAAGUUCCCGAAAAUUUCAUUUAAAAUGAUUUUAUGUUUAACUUAAUAAGUGAAAUCAAUUAGCAAAAAGCACAUCACUCCUUUUCUUACACAACACUUUUUGUUAAAUGAUAGAAAAUUCACCGAAUUCACAACUUUUUAUCUUGAUUUUUUCCUGAAAAAAAAUUAGUGAGUAAAAUGAGUAGUCAGCAAAUAACAACGUCAACACCGAAUAAAAAUGCAACUGAAUCAUCAUCGAGUUAUGGAUCAGCAGCAUCAAACAACAAUUUACCUCUCCCAUCACCGGGUGGCACUCGUUUAGCACCAGGUAUUUCCGUGUGGAACGAACACAGUCCGAGAAUAGAAACUGCUUUAGCAGAAAAUAAGAUGGUGCCCGAAUCAAAACUAACACGCAAAGAAUCGUAUAAAGCACAGCGAAAGUCUUAUCGCAAGGAAAAGAAACGUGUGGCUAGUGAAUUGCUUAGUUCACUUCAAGAUCCGGCGAUUAUCGUUCUUGCCGACUGGUUGAAGGUUCGUGGAACUCUCAAGUCAUGGACAAAGCUUUGGUGCAUUUUAAAACCAGGACUUUUGCUGAUUUAUAAAACGCCAAAAGUGAAAAGCUCGCAUUGGGUUGGAACAGUUUUGUUAACUUCGUGUCAAGUGAUUGAACGACCGAGUAAGAAAGAUGGUUUUUGCUUUAAACUUUUCCAUCCACUUGAUCAAUCAAUUUGGGCGCCAAGAGGUCCUGAAAAAGAGACAAUGGGAGCUGUUGUUCAACCAUUACCAACAUCUUACCUCAUCUUUCGUGCACCAUCACAGGCAGCUGGAAAAUGUUGGAUGGAUGCACUUGAACUAUCUUUAAGAUGCUCAGCAUUGAUGGUUCGAUCAAUUAGCAUAAGUGCAGCUGAAGGUGAAACUCACAAUGAAAGUGCAGCUUCGGGAACAAGUUCACAUGAGACGCAAUGGUCAGAAGCUGAUUAUGAAAAGCAUUUCGACGAACAUGCGAAAAGCGACAUUUUGUCACCAAUUCAAAUAUUCUUUUCGUCACGUGCUGGAACACCAGCUGGAAAAAUCUUUUUUCCCAACUCUCCUUGUCCAUCUCCGACGCCAAUUUUCCAACAACUUUAUUUGGCUCUUGCUCACUAUGAUCGAAUGCCUAUGGAAGUGAAGAAGUUGGUGUUAAAUGUUGAUGAAGUGAAUGCAAUUCAACGUAGCAAUUCCUUUCGUAAUCUUACCAGCUUUGAUAGCAACGAUAAUCAAUCAUCAUUUUCACCUACAAUGACAUUAAGAAGGAAAAGUUAUCCACUCGGAAAAGCUUCUUCGAUUCGGAUAACAGGAAAAGUUGAUAAGAAUUUGGACAUUGAUGAUAACGUGAGUCACGUUGAAGGAAGUACAACGGUGAUGUCAGCUGAGAGUGAAAGCGAGUCGGAGAAUGAACCGAACGAGUUGGAAACGGAAGUUGCUGAAACUCCUUACAUUCAUACACCAGAAGAUGAAUUUGGAGCUGCUGGUGAACAAGUUGAAGAAUUAGCAGAAGAACAUAAAAGCUUAAUUUGGUUCCUUGUGAAGCAAGUUCGACCUGGAAUGGAUUUAUCGAAAGUUGUAUUGCCAACUUUUAUUCUCGAGCCACGAUCAUUUCUGGAUAAGCUUUCAGAUUCCUUUUAUCAUGCAGAUUACAUUUCCGAAGCCGUGCUUCAAGACGAUCCAUUUAUUCGAAUGAAGUUAAUCGUCAAAUGGUAUUUAUCAGGAUUCUAUAAGAAGCCAAAGGGAUUGAAAAAGCCUUUUAAUCCAAUAUUGGGUGAAACAUUCAGAUGCUUUUGGCAGCAUCCAAAUGGCAGUCGAACAUACUACAUUGCAGAACAAGUCUCACAUCAUCCACCAAUUUCUGCUUUCUACAUUUCAAAUCGUGAAGACGGUUUCAGCUUAAGCUGUUCAAUUCUUGCAAAAUCAAAGUUUUAUGGAAAUUCAACGAGUGCAAUUCUUGAAGGUAAUGCGCAAUUGACUCUUCUACCACGUGGUGAGAACUACACACUCUCGUCACCUUAUGCACAUUGCAAAGGAAUUCUCAUGGGAACUUUAAGCAUGGAAAUUGGUGGAAAAGUUACAAUCGAAUGUGAAAAUACUGGAUAUAAAACAGAACUCGAAUUCAAAUUGAAGCCGUUCUUAGGUGGAAGCGAAUACACAAAUCUUGUGACAGGAAAAUUGAAAUUAGGAAAGCAAACUUUGGCGACAAUUAAUGGACAUUGGGAUGGAUCAAUAGCGAUAAAAGAUGUGAGGAAUAAUGACGAAAGUAUGCUUUUUGCUGCUAAUACUGAAAUGAGAACAAAACGACUUAAACGUUACACUGUUCAACUUGAAGCCCAAUCACCGAAUGAAUCGGAGAGAUUGUGGACGCAUGUCAUAGCUGCAAUAAGAAGAGAUGAUCAAGUUGGUGCAACUGAAGAGAAGACUGCUUUGGAAGAAGCACAGAGAAUGGCAGCAAAAGAAAGAAAAGCAACUUGCAGUGAUUGGAUUCCAGUAAAUUUCCAGCAAGAUUUAGUAACAGGAACGUGGCAUUAUAAAUAUGCUGAUCUCCGUCCAUGGGAUAAACACAACGAUGUUAGGCAAUACGAGUGCAAUUAUCGAAUACAAACAAAAACAAAGCAUCAAGCACCGAUAGUCAGAACAUCAAGCAUUGUUAGUGCAGAACCAUUAAGUAUCCUUAAAACCGAAUCGAGAACUUCUCUUGCUGCUCGAAGAGCAUUAAAUUCUAUACAGAAUGUAGCAUCAUUGCCUUCGAAUCGAAUUGAUGGCGGACAUUCUGAUUCAAGUGGUGACAAUGACACGCUGAUAUCGUCGUCAAAACUUUCGGAAGCUCUUGACAAGAUCACAAAGAGAUUAGAUGAACAAAAUGUUGCAAUCAUCAACAUCCAGCGACAGUUGACGAAAGUUCUUCAAAACAACGAAUUAACACCGAAAUCAACAUUGUGCAAUUUGAAUGUCGUCUCGAUAAUUAUUUUAACACUUGGCGUGGUGUUUCAUGCAAUCUUCAUGUGGAUGUUAGCGAGAAAGCAAUCAACUUGAAUCUCCUCGAUCUUUUGCUUUAUCUUGAUCAAUUUUUCAUCUUCUUCUAGUACUUCCUAUUCUACUACUUCAUAUUUAUUCUUCUACUACCUACUUCCUAGAAAAAAAAAACUUUUUCCAAGAUUUUUGUUCCUAAUUCGUUCGUAUUUCUACAAAGAACGACCGAUCGAUUUCUUUCUUGUCUACUUUCAAAUUCUGAAAAUUUCAAAUGAAAAAAGUUUUAUAAAAUGAAACACUUUCAUCACCAACAGCCAUUAAUUAUCGUAUGAAGCAAUUUCCAUUUCGAAUUUGAUAAUAUAUUUUUUAUUUUAAUUGAUUAACAAUGAGAAAAAUUUAUUUUUUAUUUAAGUGAUUUAGUGUGAAUAUUCCAAUAGGAGCUUAGAUUAAAUCGAAUAUUGAAGAUAAUCAUAGUUUCCCUGAAAAAUUCUUUAAUUUCCCUUUUUACAGUGAUUUUAAGUCAUCACAAAAAUUCAUUCUUCAUUCCAUUGAAUUUCAAAUAAAUCAAAGAAUGAACUGUGAAUUAGUGGAAACAUGAGAUAAAAUCAAUUAACUUAAGAGAUUUACAGUCAUUGUUUACGGUCAUAUGUAACCACCUACAUACUUUCAUAAAUAUUUAUGUGGAAAAAAUAUUUAAAAGCAGUUAAUGUAUUUGGUAUCAUGGUUAAAAGCAUUAAAAAGCGAUAUUUGCAAAAUUUGACUUCCUGACUUUCAUUUACAUUCUAAUUGUAUGUUCACCAAUUAAUUCUUUAAUUAUG